UUGUGUUUUUUGUUUUUUUUUUUGAUUACACGUUAUCCUCUUCAGGCCGAGAUUUCAAUACUGUGCGGGACACCCGGCGCCCGCCACCCCUGACCGGCAGAUGCUGAACAAAGACAAUGGGGUCCACAGUAUCUACCUAUACCAGUCGUGUGACAUCCUUGAAGCAGGCUAGCAAUCCAAAUGUGGAAGAGGAUGAUUUGUUGGAUGGAAGAGACAUAGAGGAAGAUAUUGCACAAUUUCCUUAUGUUGAGUUUACUGGACGGGACAGCAUUACCUGCCCUUCCUGCCAGGGAACUGGAUGCAUUCCAACAGAGCAAGUGAACGAGUUGGUAGCGUUAAUACCAUACAGUGACCAGAGACUGCAGCCCCAGAGAACAAAACUGUACGUGGUGCUGUCGGUUCUGAUGUGCCUCUUAAUAUGUGGUCUGGUGGUGUUCUUUCUGUUUCCACGUACUGUGGUGGUGGAGGAUGGCGGCAUUCGAAUGGUACAAGUGUGGUUUGAUAAGGAAAAUGAUAUUGUCAACCUAGCGAUGACGAGCACCCUGGAAUUCACCAAUUCCAACUUUUAUUCAAUCUCUGUGGACAGCCUGAUUAGCCAAGUGCAGUACAUGAACACAGUUAUUGGAACUCAGCAGCAGACUAAUGUGUCUGUCAUUCAGCCGCUCAGCCAGAAAUUGGUGAAUUUUACAGUGAAGCUGGAGUUGGGUGGUAUCCUUUCUUAUUUAUACAACUUCUGCACAUUGUCUACAGUGAAAGUUCACAACAUUGUUGUUUUUGUGCGAACAUCAGUGAAAUUUUCCUACAUUGGACACACAUCCCAGAGCUCUUUGGAGACAUACCAGUAUAUUGACUGUGGAGCAAACUCAACACUACUAGUUGACCAUCAUGCAUUAUAAACAUUUAUGAGACACUGUAUUAACAUCAUCCACAUCCCUUACCUGUCAUUGUGAUUUCUCUGCAGAGAUCAUUUACCUAAUACCACUGUGGAGGCCCGGAGUGCAUGUUUACAUUAAGUAGUACUGUAAUGUGCACAGGAUGGUUCCUUUUUAUUGUACAGCGUGUGCUAAAUCACUCAGUAACUUGUUAAAACAAAAUUAUAGAAGAAUGUUGGCAAUACUUUUAUGCAGGAAAGCACAAAAUGGCGUUACGUUUAAUUGCACUUAUAGGCUUUUUAUUUUUUUUCUGCCUUUCUUUUUAUUGAAUUGUAAAUAAACAC